GUUGGCAGCCCAGGCGCUGACCACGGAGCCCACUCCUCCGCCGAAGCCGAUCCCACCGCGUGUGCAGUGCCGCACAGCCGUCGAAGGCUAUGAGCAACCUUGCGUGGACAACGUGAUGUGGAUCAAGAAUACGGGCAUCCACGAGCAUCCGGAGUGGUAUCCAGACUUAACGCCGACAUCCUCCCUCGCUGACUUUCAGACGGCUGCGGUGGAGUCGGGACACAGCGACUGCAAGCUGAAGGGGUGUCCGGAGGACGGCCUUGAAUGUCUUCCAGAUGGAUAUGGCUGCUUGUCUGAUGCCGUGGAGUUCGUGAAGACCUGGCUUGAAGAUCUUCCGGCCGCUGAUGCCUGCAAGGACCCACAGGUCAAUGUAGCUGGCCACUGCUUAUGUCCUCCGCAGUAC